AAUACCACAAUUUUACUUCCACUUUCAUAUUUCUGAAGACCACAACAUAUCAAUUCAAUUCUUAAAAAUGGCUCAUAGAGAUGAAGAUAUUACUUUUCAACUAAUAGAUGAGUUCUAUAACGACUUCAAAGAAAAGGAUUUCGAGAGCUUUGCAUUAAGAACAAAUUUCUAUGAGUGUGGCCGUUCAUAUGCUGUUGUAGCAAUACUCGGCCCAGUUAGUAGUGGAAAAAGUACAUUACUCAAUCACUUGUUUAGUACACGGUUUGGGACGAUGGAUGAUUCUAAAAGAGGGUCUCAAGCAACUUUAGGGAUUUGGAUGUCAAGAUGUCCAGAUGUAAGACCUUUCACGCUUGUAAUGGAUGUGGAAGGCUCAGAUUGCGCUCAAAAAGGGGGCAAUACUUCAUUUGAAAAGCGGAGUGCUCUUUUUACUCUUUUGGUAGCUGACAUUGUUUUAAUUAAUAUGUGGUGUAAGGACAUUGGCCGUGAGCACGCUGCUAAUAAGCCUCUUCUAAGAACCAUGUUCCAGCAGGCCAUGAACGAAUUCAUGAAAAAACCAAGGAAAAUCACACUGAUGUUUAUCCUCCGCGACGAAAUAGAGUCUCGAAAGUCUAGUUUAGAAGGAAUACUUAGAGAAGAUCUAAAUGAGAUAUGGGCCUCUGCUAUUCCAUCAAGCAGCAGCAAUCUCCUGCUUCAAGAUUAUUUUGAAGUUCAAUUUAUCUUUCUCCCAAAUUAUGAAGUACAUGAAGAAGGUUUUAAACUAAAGGUCACAGAGUUAAAGGAAAAAUUCAUCAUUCCCGCACUUACACAUAUAGACGACAAGGCAAAACACCGGGCUUCAAUGUUUCCCGCGCUUGCACAAGAAAUAUGGAGUGAUAUAUUGGGAAAUAAGGACCUUGAUGUUCCUAAAUAUGAGAUAUUGGUGUCAAUCGCGCGGUGUGAAAAGAUUAAAAAUGAACAUUUAAAUUCCUUCAAAAAGGAUAAGCUCUUGCGUUGUUUGAGAGGAAUUGCAUACUAUGACCUUGUUCACGAUUUUGGUGAAAAAGUGGAUUCCAUUCUCAACACUUGUGUGUCAAAGUAUGAUGAAGAAGCCUCAUUGUAUGAUGAAAGUGUUGUCAAGGAAAAACGAGAGCGGCUUAUUCAAGAAUGUUUACAGGUACCUGUUUCUGCUAUAUUCUGAUUUUGAAGAUAAUCAGCUGAUAGAUGUAUUAUUCAUGACUUUCUCA